AUGGAGCAGUUCCAGCUACGUAGUAGGGCCAGCAAUGGUCCACCUACUUUGCCUUCGGAGUAUGAAGUGAAUGGUCACACGAUUCGGUCCAACAAUGAUAUCCACAACGCAACAAUGAACAAAUUCAGUGCAUCAUUGGAUGCCGCAAGACUUCGGCUGGAGAAGUAUCAACAAAGAUGGAGUGAGAUCGGAGAAGAGCUACCACCACAAAUCAAUCGAAGGCCCAACGUUGGAGGACCUGUUGGACUUGCAGGAUUAUAUGUUGAUCCCGCAUUGGGAUUUGCCCUAGGCUGGAACGCUUGGUAUAGCUGGGCGAUAAUCUUGCCGACCGAAUUGAGUGCCGCAACGAUACUAUUUAAUGGAUUUUUCCCUAACGGUAGCGCUGAGUCCAUAAAUACUAUCAACCUCAUAACAAUAAGCGUAUUCCUCGUCCUUGCCAUUGGUAUUAACUGCUUCGGGUCUCGGGCGUAUGGAGAGGCAGAGUUUUCCUUUAGCUGUUUCAAGAUUCUUACCGUUGUUUCGCUCGUACUUGGAGGAAUAAUCCUCGAUCUAGGCGGUGGAACAGAAGGGUUUAUUGGCCUCAAGAAUUGGAGAAAUCCUGGGCCUUUUGUAGAAUUUAGAGCCAAAGGAACCCUCGGCAGGUUUUUGGGCGUCUGGUCUUCGAUGAUUCAGGCAGUCUUUGCUUUUUCUGGAACCGAGAUUCCUGGUGUCGCUGCUGGAGAGGUACAAAAUCCGGCAAAGGUAAUCCAAGUCACUUCAGUUUUGGCACUCACGUUUCCUUUGUUGAACAUAUCUUCAGAACAUCCCUCGUGCGGUGAAUCGCGUUUGGAUACGAAUGCAAGUGGACUGUUGGUUAGGUCUGACGACCCUAGGCUCACAGGACCGACAAUAGGGAGUCCUGGACACACCCUUGUUCUAUCUUCGCCCUUUGUCAUUGCCAUGCAAAAUGCACGUCUCAAACACCUGGAGCAUAUUUACAACGCAGCUUUCGUUAUUUCUGCCUUUAGUGCCGCAACUUCAGAUGUGUAUAUCUCUAGCCGAUUCCUGUACUAUCUUGCAAGGUGUGGCCACGCUCCGCGAUUCUGUGCCGCAAUUUUUCGGAAUGAAGCAAAUAAGACAAUUAUUCCAUGGGUUGGAAUUCUUGCAUCUGCUUGUUUUGCAUUGAUGGCGUUCAUGUCUUUGUCUCGAACAAGAGCUGAGGAAAUUUUCCAUUGGCUCUCAUCUCUGAACAGCACGACUGCCUUGCUGUCAUGGAUUGGCAUGCUUUUUACAUACCUUCGUUGGUAUCAAGGGACUAUUGCUGCGGAGAAGAAAGACAAAGAUUUCAAGCAAACUCACCAAGAGCUGUACAAGAACAGAUAUCGCAUGCAACCAUGGAUUGCAAUUUAUGCUUUUGUUAUGUGUGUGCUUAUCCUGAUCUUUAACGGGUGGUUUGUUUUCACACGUCCUGGUCCCUGGAGGAUGGCUCGGGAAUUAGAAGAUAAUUCUCUCGAGAACGACCCAGCAAUAGGGAACUGGGUGCCGGCCUUUGUUUCAUCUUAUCUCACCAUUAUCAUGAUUUUCAGAACCAAAAUGGUCACACUUCACGAAAUGCGCUUCGAAAGAGGCCGUAUCCCUGAAAUCCAUGAGGAAGAACCCACGACCCGUUGGAGUAGACUCCUAGCAGUGCUUUUCUGA